AGUGUGGCGCGUGAGUGCUUGAUAUCGCAGUUGGCGAGCGCGACUCAGGAGCUGGGGGUGCUGCGGUACCGGCGUUUGUUGGCAACCGGUUUGUAUUUGUAGUAAUAUUUAACACAUGAGACUGACUGACUGCUGUGGAAACAGGGAGUCGCUUGUGAUUCAUUUGCAAAGCAAAAUGCCCGUGUGCGCCAUUCGGGGCAGCAGGUUCCGUCUGUGAGGAAACGCGAGUGGAAGCUGAGUGGCUAGCGAGCGGUGCUCUGGGGCUGUGAGGGUUAGCAGCGAGGCGGACUGGAACUUUUGAGACGGCUGUUAGAAAUCAUGCAAAGCGAUGUGAAUGUGUAAGGGAAAGAAAGAAAAGGUCUACAUGCCCCGAAUGGCAGCGUGUUGUGGCCCAGCGAGCCGUGUGUGUGCGCUGUGUGGAGCAGGAGCUGCUCGGGUGGACUGUUAGCUGUGUAGCUAGCUCAGUGUGAGGACGCUGCAGCUAAACAAGUCACCGGAGGAUUGUUUUGAGCUGACUACUAGGAACCAAGGAUUAAACAAUGGAAACCACGAGCACGAAAAGCUUGUAUGCAAGUCGCAAAAGGAGAAAACCCGCCCUGAAAAGUGUGAAGGAAACUUCAGCUGGAGCUGCAAAGUUAAAUCCCUCGAAGAGGCACCGUGAUCGACUGAAUGUAGAACUGGACCGGCUGGCCAGCCUGCUGCCAUUUCCUCAGGAUGUCAUCAGUAAACUGGACAAACUCACGGUUCUCAAGCUGAGUGUUGGCUGUCUGCGAGCUAAGAGUCACUUCAAUACAGUCCUGAAAACCAGCAGCUCGAAUCAACGAGCAAACAGUGACACACAAAAGCAUGUUCAGGAAUUGCCAGAAGGUGAACUACUGUUACAGGUCAUAAAUGGAUUUGUAUUGGUGGUCACCUCUACCGGAACAGUUUUUUAUGUCUCUUCAACUGUUCAGGAUUAUCUUGGGUUCCAUCAGUCAGAUAUCGUCCAUCAGAGUGUUUACGAGCUUAUUCACACAGAAGACAGGGCUGAGUUUCACCGGCAACUCCACUGGGCUCUCAACCCCAGUAACCCUCCUGACACUGGGCAACUAGUGCAAACUACCCAAACUGUACAGAUACCCUGUACACAUUACAACCCCGAGCAGCUACCACCAGAAAACUCUGCCUUUCUGGAACGGAAUUUCACGUGCAGGUUAAGAUGUCUACUGAACAACUCAUCUGGCUUUCUGGCCGUGAACUUUCAGGGCCGUUUAAAGUUCCUGCAUGGGCAGAAUGAAAAGACUCAUGAAGGCAAACCCAUUCCACCUCAGCUGGCCUUAUUUGCCCUGGCCUGCCCAAUCCAGUCACCCUCCAUUCUGGAGAUCCGUGCCAAAAACUUCAUUUUCAGGACCAAACACAAACUGGACUUUACCCCAACUGGAUGUGAUGCCAAAGCGAAAAUUGUGCUGGGUUACACAGAGGCAGAGCUGUGCGACCAUGGCUCGGGCUACCAAUUUAUUCAUGCAGCAGACAUGCUACACUGUGCUGAGGGCCACGUACGCAUGAUAAGGACAGGUGAGAGUGGGUUGACUGUAUUUAGGCUGCUUACCAAACAGAGUGGCUGGGUUUGGGUGCAGUCUAAUGCCAGACUCAUCUACAAAAAUGGCCAACCUGACUUUAUCAUCGCCUCUCAAAGAGUACUCACGGAUGAAGAAGGAGAAGAGAUCCUGAAGAAGCGUAGCCUCAUGCUCCCCUUCAGCUUCACCACAGGAGAGGCUGUGUUGUAUGAUGCAAACUUGACCAAGUCCCUUGGUGGCACUCCUUCCAGUACAGAAUGUGUUGCAUCUGUUGCUUCAGGAGACAGUAACCAACUGAAACUCCCUAGUGGACUAGAUCCUAACUCUCUCUUGGGCUCCAUACUGAAACAAGAUGAGUCUAUCUAUGCGUGCCCUUCAGUGAGAGCGCAGGACACUGAGGAACAGGAGGAGGAGCUUGGUGGGAUCUUCUCCAGUUACUGGCAGAAGAACAUUCUUUCUCUCCCUGAGACUUCUCUCUUUAAACCUGAUCCUGCCAUCAGCUCUAGAGGGGAAGAGAGCAACAGUGAGCUCAUGAGCUUCAUGGCCAGUCUGGGGAUCACUCCAGAAGACUUUGAGCUUCUACAACAAGAAGAGCUGUUCCUUAACAUAGAGCUAGAUGGUCGAUAUGGCUUUGAAGACUUUACUGAUGACGUUCUCACCUAUGUGCAAGAGUCUCUUCAGAAGAAGGUGGACUUUGCACUUCCCAACAGCAGUCUGGGGGAGAGGUGUCUCCCUAGUAUUGCACCUCAACCACAGCCUCCAUCACAGCCAUCAAUCAUUCCAUGGUCACAGGGUCAGCAGCUGCGUUUACAUAGUCUUCUAACGUCACAGUCCCAGCAACAGCACUCGUCGUUUCUUGUUGAGCCUAAAACGCCAAAGAUGCAACAGUUUCUACCAAAGCAAAGCUAUUCACAACCUCAGCAAUCCAUUUCUAUGCAAGAUAGGCAGCAAAAUCAUCAGGGGUCUCUUCAAGCUCAGUCUCCUCUAUGCAAACAGCCAAGUUCAACACCACCUGGACUCCACUUGACUCUUCAACAGCAGUCACCUCAUCCAGCGAGCCACAAGCAUGGACACCAACCGGAGUUUUCAUGCUCCUUUUGCCCAGAGAAGAAAGUAUAUCCUGGACUGAAGCACACUGAGGUGAAUGGCAGUGACAGUGUUUCUGUUACAGAGAGCAGCUCCGUUGACCAGCGGCUGCCAGCUGACUUGCAGUCUGGAUUGCAGCAGCCUGGAAGCUUUUACCUGGAAACUAACCAUUUGCCUCAGGGACUUUCCUAUAUGAACCAAGUAAGCACUGUGGCUGUGAACUGCAACCAAGAACUUGCCCCUUCCUGCAUUCCUACAGGGCACUCACAUGUGGGUGAGUAUCUGGAGGAGCUGCUAACCUGCUUGGAUUCUGUGGGUCAGGAGAAGCGUGGGCAGUCUGGAGAGCUCCGUGGAGGAAGUCAUGCGCACUGUGCACAGUCUAACCAUGACCAUAGCAUGCUCCAGCAGCCAUGCAUAGGCCAGAAUGGUGCACUUGGAAAUCUGCAGGGGAGCUUUGAAGAGGAGGGUAUUGACGACCUCGCUGCCCAACCUCCUCAGCUGCAUUUUAACGACAGCAGGCCCCACCCAGACCUGUCCACGGGAUCCAUGUGAACAUACGGCUACAUACGUAUGAAUGUCCCGGGAACAGUUGGCAUGGGAAUACACCCUUAAUAGGACACCAGUCCAUUGCAGGAGCAGUCUAGAGUAGCCACUUCACUGGCAUGUGUUUUGGGAGGGAAUUCAGAUGGACAUUAAGAACAUUUGCUACGUCUCAAGAACUCAAGCUCAGGAUUGAACCAGGGACCUUGGAGCUGUGAAGCAGUAUCGCAACCUGCUGCACCACCGCGCCGUCCCUUUAUACGUCCAGAGACCCAUGAACACCAAACUAAACUGUUGGCGUUCUUUUAAAGGACAGAUAAUAUUUGUACUGCAUUUGGUUGGAUGACCAUUGUAUUCAUGUAUUAUUGUGUUAAUUACAUAGCAAUAAUUAAUUGAACCCUAAAAAACAUUGGCGUAAAUUACUUAUGCAUUUGGAAACUUUAUUUUUCCACCAUGCUGUUGUUUAAAGCAAUUUAUUUCUGUACAAAUUACAUAUCUACAUGAUGACUAAAUUUAAUAUUGAUUCAGUUCUUUAAAUUGAUUAUUGGAAGAUAUUGGUAAAUUUGUUAAUUUAUUGUUUUUAUUUUGUUCAACUUGAUUAUUGUUGUCAUCACGUAUCGUGUGUGUACACAGUGUUGCACUUUGGAUUUGCCCUCCUGAAUUUUCUCCUAUGAAACAAAAGAAUGGCAUUCAUAACCCAAAUGGUUUACAUUUCUAAUUUCAUAGGGCCAAACAAACCUGAGGGGAAGGUAAUGAGGAAUAGGUCACUAAAAAAAAAGUGUGAGUGCAAAUAUAGGUAUGAGUGUGUUAUUCAUACUUUGUAUUCCAAAGUAAAUACAACCCCAGUUCCAAAAACGUUGAGAUGCGUUAUUAAAAAUUAUAAACUUUUAUAAAAUGGUAAUAACCGAAUUUGAAAACAGCGAUUUGCAAAUCCUUUUUGAGCUAUAGUCAGUUGAAUAUAAUACAAAGACAAGAUAUUUAAUGUUCAGGCUGAUAAACUUGAUUGUUUUGAUUUUUUGGAAAUAUGCACUUAUUCUGAAUUUGAUGCCUGUUAGUCAUUCAAAAAAAAAAGUUGUGACAGGGCAGCAAAAGACUGGGAAAGUUGUAGAAGCUCAAACACCUGUUUGGAACAUUCUACAGGUAAACAUGUUAAUUGGUAAUUGGAAAGGCUCAGUUGUUCACAAGCAAGGAAGGGGCGAGGUUCAUCACUUUGUGAAAAACUGCAUGGGCAAAUAGUCCAACAGUUUAAGAACGAUGUUUUUCAAUGUACAGUUGCAAGGAAUUUAUGGAUUUCACCAUCAGCAAUCCAUAAUAUCAUCAAAAGAUUCAGAGAAUCCAGAGAAAUCUCUGCACAUUAGGGGCAAGGCCAAAAACCAACACUGAACAACUGUGACCUUCGAUCCCUCAAGUGGCACUGCAUUAAAAACCGACAUGUUCGUAUGAAGGAAAUUACUACGUGGGCUCAGGAACACUUCGGAAAACCGUUGUCUGUAAAUACAGCUCGUCCCUGCAUCUAUCGCAAAGCAAAGCCAUAUAUUAACAACAUUCAGCAUCCAGAAAUGCCGCCGAAUUCCCUGGGUCUGCGCUAAUCUGAGAUGAACUGACGCAAAUUGGAAAUGUGUGCUGUGGUCUGAGAAGUCAACACUUUUAAUUGUUUUGGGAAAUCAUGGACAUUGUGUCCUCCGGGCUGAAGAGGAAAAGGACCAUCCAGAUUGUUACCAGUGCAAAGUAUAAAAGCCAACAUCUGUGAUGGUACGGGGGUGUGUUAUUACCCAUGGCCAUCUGUGAAGGCACCAUUAAUGCUGAAAGGGACAUACGGGUUUUGGAGCACCAUAUGCUGCCAUCCAGACGGCAUCUUUUACAGGGACAUCCCUGCUUAUUCCAGCAAGACAGUGCCAAGUCACAUUCUACAUGUGUUACAACAGCAUGGCUGCAUAGUAAAGAGUGCAGGUGCUAAACUGGCCUGCCUCCCUUUGAAAAUGUGUGGUGCAUUAUGAAGCACAAAAUACGAUAGCGGAGAUCCUGGACUGUUGAGCAACUGAAGUCGUAUAUCAAGCAAGGAUGGGAAAAAAUUUCAUGUUCAGACCUUCAGCAGUUUGUGUCCUCUGUUCCCAAACACUUACUGAGUGUUGUUAAAAGAAAAGGUGAUGUAACACAGGUGUAAACAUGCCCCGGUCCCAACUUUUUUGGAACAUAUUACAGGCAAGUUUGAACAUUUAAAUAUCUUGCGUUGAAUAUACAUUGAAAAUGAUCUGCAGAUGAUUUCAUUCUGUUUUUAAUUUAUGUUUUACACAGCGUCCCAACUUUUUUUGAAAAUCGGGGUUGUGUUUAUACCUGAAUGUUUGUGCCUGAGUCCCAGUCCCACCUCUACUUGUAACAAAAAAUCUCUUGCGUCCAACAUUUUACACACAACACCCAACAGUUUGUCCUCCUUCAGUAGCUCUUGAUUUAAACGUGUCUUUUGAACCGUCUGCCUCUUUGGUCAAAAUUAUUUUGUUGUAUAUGUGUAUUCUUUCAGUUACAUAAUGUAUCAUUAUUUUAAUUUGUACCUCGACACUUUCCAUAUGACUGAGAUUAAAA